AUGGACGUGCCAGUGUAUUAUUCUAAAGCUGAGUUCAUCGAAACUGACACAGGAAACAAAGUCUCUCGAAGAGCCACCAUAGCUGGACCUCAGAACAUCAUUCUCGGAGGAAAGACUAUUAUUUCCAGCGGUGCAAUCAUUCGGGGAGAUCUUCGCAGAACAGGUCCUGGUCAUGCCGUCGUCAUUUCCCUUGGGAGGUACUGCCUUGUCGGCGAGGGUUGCGUUAUGAGGCCACCAUACAAGACGUAUCGCGGAAAUUUCAAUUACUACCCAAUGAAGAUUGGGGACUAUGUUCACGUUGGUGCGAACACCGUCGUCGAAGCCGCGACGAUUGGGAACCAUGUUGUGAUCGGGAAGAAUUGUGUUAUUGGAAAGUUUACGAUCAUCAAAGAUUGCGCGCAGGUCGCGGACAACACUGUCAUUCCUCCCAACACCGUUAUUCCAGCUCUGGCACUAUUUUCUGGCUCGCCAGGUCGCUUUAUCGAAGAUUUACCGGAGUCGACACAAGAGAUGGUCGAAUCCCAGACAAAGCAGUACUACAGUCGUUUCCAGCCUUUAGAGCGAUGAUCAGACAUCGUGACUUACUAGGCUUAGCCCACUUACCAUCACUUGUAUUAUCAGAUCAUCAUACUUAUCAUAUGUCACCUCUGGGCAGUCACGGUAUUUUGCAUUGCAACCUAUCCGACGUCUGCCUGAUCUACACACAUCUCGGUUACGCUGUUCGUUUCCUUCUCUUCCAUGGCCCUCGUCGACACUGCCUCCGGCUCGAAUUCCUUCCUACCCGCUCCCACAAGUUGAAGUAACAUCAGUGUGUACGCAUCUCAUACCGCUUCUACAAAACCUUUCCUU